AAGUGGGGACGAUACCCGUGUCCGAAAAGCUGUCUGAUUCUAUCUUCUGACGCGUUCUGCCAUUUGCCCAUUCUAUAAAUCCCUUAUUCCAUCCACACUCACGAGAGCUCGACCAUUUCCCCAUAUUCUUUGCCCAUUCCUCUAUCCUUAUCCAACAAAUUUAUCUCCCUUUAAUAUAUAUCUUCUUCCCAUCAACUGUGUAACAGGGAUUCUGAUUGAUUUUCGGGAUUAUUUAGCCAUCAAAAUGGAAGUCGCCACAGGUUAAAACGUGUUAGGUUAUGGCCUUGGCAGAUAUUUGGGCAAUACGCGCUGGAAAAAACGCAGCAGGAAAUUUUAAAUUUGGUAUCAACCUGAUUGGUGCAAGUAAGCCAAAUUACAGUAGGAGAGUUGGUAUGGAAUUUGAACAUGAUUGGACGGAGCAUAGGAAACCGAUGCCCUUUACAGCUCAUUUGAUUCGAUUUGCGGCAUUUUUUAUGGCUUGGUCUUGUAGAAUUCCCAUGAUCGAAGGAUAUCAUGAAUUUAUUUAAUUAAGUGCUAAUCGUUUAGUUGCACUCGUAAGUUCUAAAGACACUUCCUUUUUGCUUAAAGAAGUGAAUUACUUAUCCAAUAUGUGUUUCUCCAAUUUACAUGAACAAGAUACCCCUGCUUCAAAGAUUAAUGAUCAUUAUUAUUAUCCCAUCUUGCCUGGAUUGCCCGAUGAUGUGGCAAAAUACUGUCUUGCUCUUGUUCCUCGAUCUAAUUUUCCGACCAUGGGCAUCGUAAGCAAGCGAUGGAGGUCGUUUAUCAAAAGCAAAGAGUUCAUAACCGUAAGGAAAUUAUCAGGGGUGCUUGAGGAAUGGUUAUAUGUCCUGAGUAUGGAUUCUGAAGGACAAGAAAGCCACUGGGAGGUUUUAGAUUGCAUGGGACAUAAACACCAGCAACUUUCACCGAUGCCAGGUCCUGCUAAAGCUGGUUUUGCUGUGGUGGUUCUUCACGGAAAGCUUCUCGUCAUUGCUGGAUAUUCUAUGGUCGACGGAACUGGGUCUGCCUCGGCAGAUGUUUACCAAUAUGAUUCUUGCCUCGACAGGUGGAGCAAAUUGGCUAGCAUGAAUGUGGCGCGUUACAACUUUGCUUGCGCCGAGUUAAAUGGCAUGGUGUAUGCAGUUGGGGGGUAUGGCAUAGAUGGUGAAUCUCUCUCUUGUGCUGAGGUGUACGACCCGGAUACUGACAAGUGGACUCUAAUCGAGAGUCUACGCCGCCCAAGGUGGGGAUGUUUUGCGUGUGGGUUCGAGGGAAAGCUUUAUGUUAUGGGUGGGAGGUCAAGUUUGACAAUUGGAAACUCCAGGUUCAUCGAUGUUUAUAACCCGGAGACGCACACAUGGUGCGAGAUGAAAAAUGGCUGUGUCAUGGUUACUGCACAAGCCGUGCUCGGGAAGGAGCUCAUUUGCAUGGAGUGGAAAAAUCAACGGAAGCUAGCAAUAUUUAACCCUGCGGAAAAUUCGUGGAAGAUGGUGCCAGUUCCGGUGACAGGGAGCUCGAGCGUUGGGUUUCAAUUUGGCAUACUAGAUGGUAAGCUUUUGCUGUUCCCUGUACAGGAGUAUCCGGGUUAUAACACCCUAUUGUAUGAUCCGAAUGCUGCCUCUGGGUCUCAAUGGCAAACUUCUGAGAUAAAGCCGUCGGGCUUGUGCCUAUGUAGCGUGACAAUUAAGGCUUGAGUUGAGUAUGUUAUCGUCGUAAAACUAAGAUUUCAUUAAGCUGUACGAUUUUGGGAUUAAGUUUGUUUACUGUAAUAUUUAUAGAUCAUGAGAUUAUCUGGAAGAAAAGGCUAGUGCUAUUUUGUAAUUA